GCAGACUCACGGUUGUUCUCGAAUUUCACUACAUCACUCGAGACGUGGCAGAGUGGAUUCUUCCCGAUCGAGUGGGUGGAAACAAACGCAUGGAUAGCAGCUUUCUUUGGGACGAUGCUGUCGUCCUCCAUUCGGACAAUAAGUGCUUCAUUAGCAACGAAUGGCACCUUCUCCGAUUCUGGCAAGCAACAUGUGGUUGAAUACUAUGAUCAAGUGCAACAAUAUUUUGGCAUAGAGCCGGCAGUUUCUCUGUAUACCGAAGGGUAUGAUGACGUACAAUGGGUGGUGCUGGGAUGGCUAGAGGCCCUCCGAGCUCUGGAGGACUACAAACAGCACUCAGGGAUCAACCUCGGCCAGGACGACAUCGAGAAAUAUGCUCAUCGAGCGCAUGUUUUCUAUGACCGAAUCAUGGAUAAGUACGAAACCUCGCUUUGUGGAGGUGGCAUCACUUGGAGUCCGAAAUUCGAGACCUACAAGAACGCCAUCACCAAUGAGCUCUACAUCGCCACUUCAGUCGGUAUAUAUCUAUACCACCCAGGUGAUUCUGACACCAGUGGUAUCGGCACGAGGCCACCGUUGAUACCCCCUCUUUUCAGCCAUGACCCAGAACUCCUUCAAAAAGCAAAGAUAGCGUAUGGCUGGUUCAUGAGCCAGGGAUUCUUCAACGAAGAAGGCUUGAUUAUUGACGGAUUCCACAUCUCACCCAACCAAAGCACCUGUGAUAAACGCGACACUAUGGUUUGGAGCUACAACCAAGGCGUGAUCUUGUCUGCCAUGCGCCAGCUCUGGGAGGCCACAGGCGAUGACCGCUACCUCAACGACGGCUACGCCUUGAUCGGUUCCACGAUCAAAGCUACAGGAUGGCUCGGCUCCGCGAAUCUGAUCGACUGGACAUGGCGCGGUCUGGGUCGCCACGGCGUCAUGGAGGAUGUAUGCGAUUCGAGGGAUGGGUGCGACAGGGACCCGAGGACAUUUAAGGGGAUCUACUUCCACCAUUUGAAACAGUUCUGCGAGCCGUUGCCCACAGAUAACGCGGCUGUUCCUGGCGUGACGUAUGUAGCGCCCAAGAAUUUGGCCGCUUCUCACACUGCUCUGUGUAAGGGGUAUCAGCCGUGGGUUGAACACAACGCACAGACUGCCCUCAGCACUAAAGACUCUGCUGGUAUUAUGGGUGGCUGGUGGAAUGAGAAAGCCUGGAUUGUAAUGAGAUCGGAGGCAAGUAAGGCCGCUGCUCCUUUGCCUGAGGGUGCUGUGUAUUCUAGAAACUACAGGGAGGUUAAUGGGAGCCAUCAUUGGUCUAAUGAACCCAGCAGGGGGAGGAGAAGUCCAGCGGGGGAUAGCAAGGAACAUUCGGUGGAGACUCAUAUGUCUGGUUUGUCCGUUGUCAAGGCUGCUUGGGACCUC